AUGCAAAAGAAAGUGAUAGACCCCACCAGUGAUUUUCUUACGCUCGUUAAAGUCUAUCAACUCUGGACACAGGCUGAGGACCCGCAUGGAUUUUGUCGGGGUUUGGGUUUAUCGCAUUCUUCUUUUUUGUUAGCAAAAGCAAUUCGCAUGCAACUGAAAGAAAGUUUACUUUCUAUAGGAAUAGAUGUAGAAGCAGCAGCAGCAACAGCAGCAGCAGCAGCAGCAGCAGCAGCAGCAGCAGCAGCAGCAGCAACAACUGCAGCAGCAGAUGAUGUUCAUGAUGAAGGUGGAUGCAGCAGCAGCAUUAAGUCCCACCAACAGCAACACAACCAGCAGCAGCACCAGCACCAGCAGCAGCAGCAGCAGCAGCAACAGCAGCAGCAGCAGCAGCAGCAGCAGCAGCAGCAGGAGCAGCAGCAAGGAGUAAAUUUAAGAAGAUGUAUUGCUAAUAGUUUUUGGUUAAAUGCUGCGCAGCUGCAACCCGAAAGUCGGCAGUAUAUUACACUGGAGCGGCAGCAGCAGCAGCAGCUAAAGCAGCAGCAGCAGGAGCAGCAGCAGCAGCAAUAA